AUGUAUUUCUGCUGCUUACAGGAUGAACUCAACUUUGGUUGGUCAGAUGGGAAACAUGUUCAAUUUAGUCGCUGGACUAAAAAUAAUGGGCAACUUGAAGACUGUGUAAUAUUAGACACUGAUGGAUUCUGGAAAACAUCUGAUUGUGAUCAUAUGCAACCAGGUGCUAUUUGCUACUAUCCAGGAAAUGAUACUGAAAAAGAGGUCAAAGCACUUGACAAUGUUCAGUGUCCAUCUCCUGUUCUAUUUACUCCAUGGAUACCAUUUCAGAACUCUUGCUACAAUUUCAUAAUAGCAAAGACUGAAUAUAUGACAACACCACCAGAUGAAGUUCAUUCUAAAUGCCAGAAAAUGAAUCCAAAAUCACAUGUUCUGAGUAUUCGAGAUGAAAAAGAAAAUAACUUUGUUCUGGAGCAACUUCUGCACUUCAGUAGUAUGGCUUCAUGGGUCACGUUAGGUAUAACUUAUGAAAAUAAUUCUCUUCUGUGGUCUGAUAAGACCAUGCUGUCAUACACAAAUUGGAGAGGAGGAAGACCAGAUAUAAAAAAUGACAAGUUUUUUGCUGGCUUGAGUACUGAUGGCUUCUGGGAUUUUCAAACCUUCAGUGUUCUUGAAGAAAUACUUCACUAUACCCAGAACAGCAUUCUUGCUUGUAAAAUUGAAAUGGUUGACUACAAGGAAGAAUAUAAUGCUACUCUGCCACAGUUUAUCCCAUAUGAAGAUGGUAUUUAUAAUGUUAUACAAAAAAAGGUAACAUGGUAUGAAGCAUUAAACAUGUGUUCUCAAAGUGGAGGUUAUUUGACAAGUGUUCAUGACCAAAAUGGCCAGCUCUUUCUGGAAGACCUCGUAAAACGUGAUGGAUUUCCACUAUGGAUUGGGCUCUCAAGUCAUGAUGGAAGUGAAUCAAGUUUUGAAUGGUCUGAUGGCAGUACAUUUGACUACAUCCCAUGGAAAGAUAAACAGUCUGCUGGAAAUUGUGUUGUCUUGGAUCCAAAAGGAAUUUGGAGACAUGAAAAAUGCAAGUCUGUUAGUGAUGGUGCUAUUUGUUAUAAACCUACAAAAUCUAAAGAGGUGUCCUCUCAUACAUACUCAUCAAGAUGUCCAGCAGUAAAAGAGAAUGCGUCACACUGGAUCCAGUACAAGGAGCACUGUUACACAUCUGACCAGGCAUUGCACAAUUUCUCAGAAGCCAAACAGUUCUGUUCAAAACUUGAUCAUUCUGCAACUAUUGUUACCAUAGAGGAUGAAGAUGAAAAUAAGUUCGUGAGCAGACUGAUGAGGGAAAAUAAUAAUAUUACCAUGAGAGUUUGGCUUGGAUUAUCUCGAUAUUCUUCUGAUCAGUCUUGGAAUUGGUUAGAUGGAUCAAAAGUGACAUUUGUCAAAUGGGCAAAUAAAAGUAAGAGUGGUGGUGGAAAAUGUAGCAUUUUGUUAGCUUCAAAUGAAACUUGGAUAAAAGUUGAAUGUUCACAAGGCUACGGAAGAGUUGUCUGCAAAGUUCCUCUGGACUGUCCUUCAUCCGCCUGGGUUCAGUUUCAAGACAGUUGUUACAUUUUUCUUAAAGAAGCCAUCAAAGUAGAAAGCAUAGAGGACGUCAGAAAUCAGUGUACUGACCAUGGAGCAGACAUGGUAAGCAUACAUAAUGAAGAAGAAAAUGCUUUUAUACUGGAUACUUUGAAAAAGCAAUGGAAAGGCCCAGAUGAUAUCCUACUAGGCAUGUUUUUUGACACAGAUGAUGCAAGUUUCAAGUGGCUUGAUAAGUCAAAUGUGACAUUUGAUAAGUGGACAGACCAAGAAGAUGGUGAGGAUCUAGUUGACACCUGUGCCUUUUUGCACACCAAGACAGGUGAAUGGAAAAAAGGAAAUUGUGAAAUUUCUUCUAUGGAAGGAACCCUUUGUAAAGCAGCUAUCCCAUAUGAAAAGAAAUAUUUAUCAGAUAACCACAUUUUAAUAUCAGCUUUGGUGAUUGCUAGCACAGUAAUUUUGACAGUUUUGGGAGCAAUCGUUUGGUUCCUGUACAAAAGAAACUCGGAUUCUGGUUUCACCACAGUUUUUUCAACUGCACCCCAAUCACCUUAUAACGACGACUGUGUUUUGGUAGUUGCAGAAGAAAACGAGUAUGCUGUUCAAUUUGACUAAGAUUUUGGAAAUCUCAAAUUAAGGCAUCAAAUACUUUGACGGUGAUUCCUGUGCAGGAUUUUAAUGUAAAACUUGGCAAUGAAAAUUAGUUUUUAUGGUUUAUUUCCUUAUUCCAGUAACAUUCAUUAUUCUCAUGUAAUCACUGUGACAAAAAUUGAUCUUUAGGUUCUCAUAAGAACUUAUAAAAAAAAUAAUCAUAGAUAUAAUUUAGUACUUUUAACCACUUCCCUAAAUGCACCCUUCACUUGAAACAGUUUAAAUAAAGCCCAAAGUAGUAAAGCAGAUAAAAAUAAAAACCCAGUCUACUGCUCUAUCUUCCUUCCCAUUUAACUGAACCACUGUGGGUUAUAGGUGAAUUAAAAAACAAAACAAAACAAAAACAAAACUCUACCUACCACUGUAGUUUUACAAAGUUUUACAAAGGUCUUUACCAGUUUCUAUGGGAAAUAAAAGACUGUUAAAUAGAUCCACAUGCUAUUUACUAUGGCAGAUGAUUCCUCUAAUAUAUUUUAUCUUCCUUUUUGAGUUAGAUGUAGAAAAUAUUGUAGAUUUUAAGGAGCCCAUAUUCCACAUAAUUUUACAAUUUCAUUACUUUUAGAACAUCACUUUGGAGAAAUAGUAUUUAGCACUGAUCACAAAUGGUUAGAACUUCAGGAAAAUUUCAUACAUUUUUUGCAACAGGAAGGUUACAGCUAUACCAGGAAGGUGUGGAGGUGGCUGGCAGCAAGACUAACACUUGAACCACGGAGCCCCUUUAAGGAUUCUUCUCCUACCACCAGAUCUGUUCCUAUCUAAGGUACCUCAUGCUCUCCAACUACUGAGGAACCAGCCAUUCAAUGACAUGAAAACUAUGUAAGCAAAAACUCUAGAAAAACACUACAUACUACCGUAGUGGUGAUGCUCAAAGUUUUCAGUAAAUGUACAUUUUAAGACAAAGGUGAAAAUCAUUUUGGGGGUAAAAAAUGAAAAUGAAAGCUCAGAAGCAAGAGUGGUUUUCCUUACCCUUUACAGCUUAAAGAUAAAGAAUAUGCAGAGUUCACAUAAAAUUAGAUUUACUCUAUUUAGAAACUUGGAAGCUCAAGGAAGUCCUCUCUCUCCCUAACCCACAUGCCAUCAGUUAUGGGGAAUACUUAAGGGAAGAUACACUCUCUCUCAUGCUUGACCAAUGGCAACAAAGUCCCACACUGGCACUAUGAAUAACAUCCUUCAUCACAACUGAUGGCACUCUUGUUUACUGACACAGGAAAAACCAUGAAGUGAUGACAGGACUAUACAGUGUGGCUAUGUGGUACUAAACGAGCAGAUGUUACACUAGCUGUAGUACACAAAAGAAUUAUAAUCUGUAAGAGCUUUAAACUUCUGAGAUCUUGGAUAUUGUCUAUUUUAUUACUGACAAGCUAUUAUGAGUGGUACAAAUAGUAAACAGACUGGAAUUCCUUUUUUUAUUCAAGUUCUACCAGUCCUUUAAGAACUAGAAGUGAUCUUAACUCUUCCUUAAACUUUUCUCUAAUAGUCAAAUUUCUACAAUGUCCAAUAUGGUAGCCACACGCUACAUGUGGCUAUUUAAAUAAAUUAAAAUUAAAUAUAACUUUACGUUCAGUUCCCUAGUUGCAUGAGGCACACUUCAAAUGCUCAAAACACGUGUGGUUAGUAGCUACCAUACUGGGCAAAACAAAUUAUAGAACAUUUCCAUUAUCACAAAGUUUUGUCAGACAGUGCUGCUUUAAAAUCUCCCCUUCUACUUAACUCCCAUACAACUAAUUUUCUUCUGUUCAUUUUGGUAACUUCUACCCAGUGGUAGCUCUUCCAAAAUGGCUGCUUUAACUUGAUUUAAUUUUCCACAUUUGAUUUCAUCUUUCAAGUAAGUUCUUAGAGGUCCCUGGUAGUGAAGUAGUAAAUCUUAAUUUUCUUCAUGUAUCAGAACAUGUGUAACCAGCCCUUGUAUCUAUUCGGUGAUCCACAGCUAACUGGAACGUUCAAAUCUGUAUUUAUUUUUAACAUUAAGAAUAACAAAGUUUUUGUUUACAUUCAAAAUGUAUAAAUUUCUUUUUUGAACAUCCUGGUUCUAGCUAAUAAGGACAAUAUAAAUUCUUACGUUUGGCAAGUAUCUAGAGAGAACAGUAUUACAACUUCAUUUUCCUAGGAAUUUGCAUUCUACAAUUUGUAGUGAAUAGCAUAUGGUCUCUAUUUGUUUAAGGUUUAAAAGUAACAACCAGUAAAAAGACUUUCCUUAUUCCCUCUAAUUCAUACUUACAAGAUACUGGAAGCUUAUACAAUACUGAAAUAUGAAACAGUAAGUGGUACUAAGGCACUAAUAAUACUAUAAAGCUCAAGCCACUGUGUAUCUGUCAUUAAGCAUUUAAUAUAACAAAACUAUAAACUGCAUGCCAAUGAAAUGUUUUCUAUUUAAAUCUUUAAAUAAAAAGUUUUGUGGGUUAAGCACAAGA